AUGGCACGCAAACUAAGCCCAGCUCAAGUCGAAGCGCAUCGCCAGCAGAACCGAGAGUGCAUGCGUCAGGCAAGGCAGAGUCAGCGUCAACGGCUGCAAGAAAUGAAGACCACCGUGCAAAACCUCGAGAAGCAGUACAAUGACUUAACCAAUCGCUCACACACAGCUACUUCAACCAAGCGACUCGGGGCUGAAAAGCUCCUCCUCCAGUCCAUGCUCAAGCAAAAGGCCGCGUGGAGGCUUCAACUGCAGCGCAUCAUCGACUUUGAAGCCAGCAGCGUCCACCACGAACCACAGCUCCAGGGCGUCCCUGAAGUCGUGAUCGAAGUCAUGGACGAGCUCCAAGCAGCGCGGGAGUUCGGAUUCCAGCCGCUGACCGAACAGGACCUCACACAAAUCAUCAUGGACAACGAGCGAUACGUCAGCCACGUCAAAAAUCGCCUGCUAUCUGUAGGCGCACAGCGCGAACUACGUACACGCUGCAUGCAAGCGUUCGGCUGGGACAUCGUGCAGCGCGUGGAGGAUAGCGUGUUGGAGUUCGUCUACACGAAGCGCUUCCACGGCCUCAACGUGCUCGACGUGAUGAAGAAGUCGUGGACCAACGGCUUGAUACUGGAGGAGUUCAAGAAGGUCAAGACCGAGACGCGGCACCUGCAGGCGCUGCAGCGAGUCAAUUCAAACGCGUUCGUGCUCGCCCGAGACGUCUUCUCCCCGAGCGAUAUCUCGACUUUCAGGUCGGUAUUUGUGCGCUUCCUAGUUGAAGCAGCCAAGGACAUCGCCGUUGAAAGCGGGCCUGCGUCCUCAGGUGAAGUUGUUGUGGGCACGGGAUACAUACUGGGAACACAAAGCGUCGACCCUGGCUGUCCUCGUCCGCCAUCGAUGGAGGAGCUCAGCGGGAAACUCGCGUGGGCCGACCUUUCUCUAUCAAUUGAGGCCUUUGAUGUGGUGAACUCUGUCACGGGUGAGUCGUACCAGCAGAUCAGCUGGGUCGGACGCACGGACUACUGCAGCGAGGAGCACGCUCGGCGGAACGCUUCAGACACGCUCCAAGGCAUGUUGCACUGGGAGGUGCUGGUUAUCGCCCCAGCGCUCAAGUUGGUCUCGAUCCCCAACUGAAUUUACGUUGGAGACAUUGAAGUGAGCGAUCGAUUGAUUGGGAUGAUCAUCAGCCGCUAGGAAGUAAGGUACAUUCCUCAAGGGAAGAAUAGUUAGCUUAAGGAGAAACUUGACCCAAGAAAUUUAUUGUCGUUUUGCUAG